UCGCCUCUUCCUGCCGGGCGGUCCUCUCCCCUCCUCAGCCCGCUCCCUCCGCCCCGCUCCCUCCGCCCUCCCUGGGCUUCGGCGGCAGCGGAGUGAACGGGACGGGCCCGGCCGCAGAGCUCGGGUCGGCGGGUGGGACUAGGACGACUGACAGAGUUGUUGUUCCGGCAGCGGCCGCGGAGACGUGAGCUUUGUCAGGUGGAUGUGGGAAGAGACGUUUGCAGAAGUGAAAUGGAGGUCAGAGCUUCAUUACAGAAGGUUAGUGGGUCAUCUGAUUCUGUGGCCACAGAGAACAGUGAAGAAUUUGUUUUGGUUCCUCAGCAUGCAGAUGAUACUUCUACAAAGGAUGAUGGAAAGCCACGGCUGAAGAUAGCUUCCAAUGGUGAUGAACAGUUGGAAAAAGCCAUGGCAGAGAUUUUGAGAGAUUCUGAGAAAGGACAAAGCAGCCUACUUGUUGAUUGUCAGGGUUCCAGUGAGAUUUCAGACUACUCCUUUGGAGAUGUUCCAGCCGGUCAAACAAAUAAGCCAUCUCUUCAGUUAGUUUUGGAUCCAUCCAAUACAGAAAUUUCCAAACCCAGACCGUCUUCUCCCAGUGAACUUCCUGAAGAAGACAGUGUCCUAUUUAACAAAUUGACCUACUUAGGAUUUAUGAAAGUUUCUUCCCCACGUAGCGAAGUAGAGGCUUUACGGGCAAUGGCAACCAUGAGAGCUUCCAGUCAGUACCCCUUUGCUGUUACACUGUAUGUGCCCAAUGUUCCAGAAGGUUCUGUGAGAAUCAUAGACCAGUCAAGCAAUGUGGAGAUAGCAUCUUUCCCAAUUUAUAAGGUGCUAUUCUGUGCACGUGGGCAUGAUGGGACAAUGGAGAGCAACUGCUUUGCAUUUACAGAGAGUUCUCAUGGUUCAGAGGACUUUCAGAUACAUGUUUUCUCCUGUGAAAUUAAAGAGGCAGUAAGCAGAAUUUUAUAUAGUUUCUGUACUGCAUUCAAACGUUCUUCCAGACAAGUGUCUGAUGUUAAAGAUUCAAUCAUCCCGACCCCGGACAGUGAUGUAUUUACCUUUAGUGUCUCCUUGGAGGUAAAAGAAGAUGAUGGAAAAGGAAACUUUAGUCCUGUGCCUAAGGAUAGAGAUAAAUUUUAUUUCAAAAUAAAGCAAGGAGUAGAGAAGAAGGUUGUGAUUACAGUUCAGCAACUUUCUAACAAAGAAUUAGCUAUUGAGAGAUGUUUUGGGAUGUUACUAAGUCCAGGUCGAAACGUGAAGAACAGUGACAUGCAUUUACUGGAUAUGGAAUCCAUGGGAAAGAGCUACGAUGGUAGAGCUUAUGUCAUCACAGGCAUGUGGAACCCCAAUGCACCAAUAUUUCUGGCACUUAAUGAAGAAACUCCGAAAGAUAAACGGGUGUACAUGACUGUGGCAGUGGAUAUGGUAGUCACAGAGGUGGUGGAACCAGUUCGCUUUCUCCUGGAGACAGUAGUUCGUGUAUAUCCUGCAAAUGAAAGAUUUUGGUAUUUUAGCAGAAAGACUUUUACAGAGACUUUCUUCAUGAGGUUGAAGCAGUCUGAGGGAAAAGGCCAUAGCAGUGCUGGAGAUGCAAUAUAUGAAGUGGUGAGUCUUCACAGAGAGUCUGACAAAGAAGAGCCAGUCACUCCUACUAGUGGAGGGGGGCCAAUGUCACCCCAGGAGGAUGAAGCAGAAGAGGAGAGUGAUAAUGAACUCUCAAGUGGAACAGGUGAUGUGUCAAAAGACUGUCCUGAGAAGAUCCUCUAUUCUUGGGGAGAAUUGUUAGGAAGAUGGCACAGUAACCUUGGUACCCGACCAAAAGGGCUACACACUUUGGUAAAGAGUGGUGUUCCUGAGGCAUUAAGGGCAGAAGUAUGGCAGCUAUUAGCAGAAUGCCAUGACAACCAGGCAAUGCUGGAUAGUUACCGAAUUCUUAUCACAAAGGACUCUGCACAGGAGAGUGUAAUUACUCGAGAUAUCCAUCGUACAUUUCCCGCUCAUGAUUACUUCAAAGACACUGGAGGAGACGGACAGGAAUCUCUCUAUAAGAUCUGCAAGGCCUACUCUGUGUUUGAUGAAGACAUUGGGUACUGUCAAGGACAGUCUUUUCUUGCUGCUGUAUUGUUGUUGCAUAUGCCAGAAGAGCAAGCAUUCUGUGUCUUGGUGAAAAUCAUGGAUAAGUAUGGUUUACGAGAUCUAUAUAAAAACAAUUUUGAAGAUCUCCAUUGCAAAUUUUAUCAACUUGAGAAACUAAUGCAGGAACAACUGCCAGACCUGUACAACCAUUUUUGUGAUCUGAACCUAGAAGCUCAUAUGUACGCAUCCCAGUGGUUCCUCACACUUUUUACUGCCAAGUUUCCUCUCUGCAUGGUGUUCCACAUCAUUGACCUACUGCUGUGUGAGGGUUUGAACAUAAUCUUUCAUGUAGCCUUGGCUCUCCUAAAGACCUCAAAAGAAGACCUCCUGCAGGCUGAUUUCGAAGGCGCUUUGAAGUUCUUCAGAGUUCAGCUUCCAAAGAGGUACCGGGCAGAGGAGAAUGCAAGAAGAUUGAUGGAGCAGGCUUGCAAUAUUAAAGUACCAACCAAAAAGCUGAAGAAAUAUGAAAAAGAGUAUCAGGCAAUGCGGGAGAAUCAGCUGCAACAGGAAGACCCAAUGGAUAGAUACAAGAGGGAGAACCGAAGAUUGCAGGAAGCCAGCAUGAGGUUGGAACAAGAGAAUGACGACCUUGCCCAUGAACUAGUGACAAGCAAAAUUGCUCUGCGGAAUGACUUGGAUCAGGCAGAGGACAAGGCAGACGUGCUGAAUAAGGAGCUCCUCUUGACCAAGCAGAGGUUGGUGGAGACUGAGGAAGAGAAGAGGAAGCAGGAGGAGGAGACUGCCCAGCUAAAAGAAGUCUUCAGGAAGCAGCUAGAAAAGGCAGAAUAUGAGAUAAAGAAGACUACAGCUAUCAUUGCUGAAUAUAAACAGAUAUGUUCUCAGUUAAGUACCAGGCUGGAAAAACAGCAAGCAGCCAGCAAGGAGGAGCUAGAAGCAGUAAAGGGUAAGAUGAUGGCAUGUAAACACUGCAGUGACAUUUUCAGCAAGGAAGGAACGUUAAAACCAGCCUCUGUAAGUGGAGAGGACCAGGGAAUUGAAGCCGAUGAUGAGAAGGACUCGCUGAAGAAGCAGCUGAGGGAGAUGGAGCUGGAACUGGCGCAGACUAAGCUGCAACUGGUGGAAGCCAAGUGCAAAAUUCAGGAACUAGAGCAUCAGAGAGGAGCACUUAUGAAUGAAAUACAAGCUGCAAAAAACUCUUGGUUUAGCAAAACCCUGAACUCUAUCAAAACAGCCACGGGCACCCAGCCCCUACAGCCACCACAGGCUCCUCAGCCACCCAAGGAGAGCACAUAGCUCCAGCCUCAGCUGAGCACAAGAGCACAAUGGUCAAAACAACAGAAACCAAGAAUUCUUCCUGUUGUCCCUUUGAAAGAAAGUAAAGGAGACCAGAAAGCAAGUUAGAAUCUGUAGUAACUCUGUCUUUCGUGUAUGACAUUUUUCAAAGGGAUGAUAUUUAAACUGACCUGAUUUAUGUUGAAUAUCUAUUUCUCAGCUUCUUCAUGGAAAGCCACAUUCACAUCCAUCAUAGUAUUACACAUUGUUUUAUAUGCCUGGAAUUUAGUUGGAAGUAAGUAAUCUAGAACUAAAUGCUUUUGUUUAGAAUUAAUUAUUCAUAAUUUUUUAAAUCUCACAUAAAAAUGGAGACAUGUUAUUCCAAGGUUAAAAAUGGUAAGAUCUUUGUUACGGAAUUCUGUUUUUCAAGGGAAACCUAACUUCUCUAACGUUCCAGGAUUAUUCAGAUAAAGCACAGUGUGGGACUGUACAUGACCACUGAUAGUGACUUCCAGAGUAGUGCUACUCUGAAAAGAACAGACCAGGGGUUGGCUUGAAAGUUCCCCCAAAUUAUUUUGAGUUGGCUACCUUUGGAAAUAGAGUGCCAAGCUGGAGUAGAUGGGCUACUGCACUCUAGGUAAAUAGAGACUCAGUAAAUGUGCAAUACAGCCGUUUGGCUCUGGCAUUCUAGCAGGCCCUUUUAAGGACUCCACAUGGGGCUCAUUCUCCUGAUGUGCCUUUGUAUGAACAUAGAGGUGACUUGUGGCAAAUAUAACCUCAAAGAUGGAUACUGUAAGUUGCAGACUUAGGGACUCAACAUUGGAGAAGUCUAAAAAAGGUUCAUGUUAGUCAUUGUACUUUAGUAGAAUAGUACUGAACCAUUGGAUGCUGACAAACUCGCUAAGGCAAACACUGACAUUCUGUACUUUACUAAAGGCUGGGAUAUUGCCAAGAAGUUAAAGGGAGCUUCCUAGCAUGUUAAUGUUGGGCAACUUUUCUAACUUUUCCCUAAUAACCCUAAAAUGGUGUGCCCUGCACACUUGGGAAUAAAGAAAAAUAAGUGCAUUUUUCACAAUUUUGAUUGACUAAAUCUUUAUAGAAAUACUUAACUCAUGGAAAGAUAAGGUUACUGUUUAAAAAAAUUGGUGCAAAUAUUUUUUCAAUUAUAUAUGACAUGCCUGUAUAAAUAGCCCUUACAAGAAAUUCUUUGGUAAGAACAAACUAAUUUUUCUGUUUUCUAAGCUAUUAGGGAGGUCUCUGGUCCCUUUACAACAAGCAAAAUACUGUAGGUCAUGUACAGUAACAUUCAUAUUCAUCUUUGGCUUCAUUGUUAAGCAUACUGUUUUCAGACUAUCUCAAACUGUGUAGUACCAGAGCGGUUCUCCUCUGUGCCAUAUGUUGUAAUUGUAAUACACACCCGAGAGGUAAACCGCAGAUGGAACCCCACCACCACCACCUUCAAGUUGCUCGUGAUAGACCCUUUCUUCUAAAAUCAUUUUUGAGUUCUAGUAAGUAAAAUUUCUUUAAUAUCUAAAUGUCUCUAUCACCAACAGGCCAUGAAACUGAUAUGGUUGAUAUGUUACACUUAUUAAACAAUAACUCCCUUAUAGAAAUUUCUGUUUUAGUUCUGGUGUCUUUCAUCAGAAGAUUGAUUUCUUUUUACCAAAAGACAAUAACCCAGCACUCCAGAUUAUGUCUGUUGACAUAAUAUUUCCUGCUUAGUGGUUUAAAUAAGCUAUUUUUUCUAUAAAAUGUAAUGGCUAGAACAUUACCUCAUUUCUAUCAAUCACUUAGUGCAGUCAGUUAACUUUAUUGGUACUGUGCACUUUGACUCCGGAAAGCCCUGGAACAGUCGCUUUUUCAAAUGGCCAACUAAAUUCAGAUGAACCUUUGUGAACCUCUUAUUCCAUCCACACAGCUCUUCUAACCUCUGAAAAUAAAUACAUUCCACAGAAUACCUAAGUUGCAUAAUUUUCAUAAAUGGUAAAUAAGAUAAACAGAAUGGCGCUAAAGCAAGAAUCUUUUCAGGUUCAUGGCCCCCUUUUCUGUUUAAACAAAAUCACUAGGAGCAUAUAUUUUAAGAGUUAUCUUUGAGUUUUCAUCUAGCUCUUACAAAAGACAUAAUGGCAAUACAUAAUCUUUUUUGUUCUCCAGUACCAUAUGAUACUUGGACAGGAAUAUUGGUAUUUUGGUAUUAUGUUUAAACUGCCCUGCAUUAUAGCAUCUUUGCAUUAGUAGCAGCAGUAAAGAUUGGAAAGAAAAUUCAAAAGGUAAUAUGUGAUUUCUUAUUCAUUAUUUCACCAUAGCAGCACCCCAAACUAUACAUUCCUUACUAUUGCUUGAGAACUCCAGAAUACAAACAUAAAGCAAAUGUUCAUCAUAAUUUCACUUACUAUUUUAUAUAUUUGACAAUUACAACUUUUUUUUUUCUUGAGACAGGUUCCAGUUAUGUAAUCUAAGCUAGCCUUGAACUUAGAACCUUCCUACUUCAGCCUUCCAAAUGCUGAGAUUAUAGGCAGGUACCAUAACAGCCAAAAUUAGUCUCUUGAAUUCCUUAUAGAAAAAAAUAAACCAGCCAAUUACCCAAGAAAUUUUCAAACAUGGUACUUUCUUUCAUCCUUUCCUAAUAUUUACAUUAUCAUGAGCACUCCUAAAGUGCUAAUAUUUGCAGCAUCUGGGAAUGAUCAUUUCUCUUCUCAUUGCAUUCUGCAGAAUACAGUGAAGAUUCAACUCAUUCAUUGCCUUUUAUAACUUGAUAGUUGCAGUAUAUUCUGAAAGCUGAAAGACACCAUGCUGAAUUUUGGAGUGCCUAUGUUUAGUACACACCCUGAGCCAAGUCACAUUUUGGUUAUUUUUAGUACAUGUAAUUUAAUGUAAAGAAAUUCUUGGUUCACUACACUUCAGUAUAUGAGACCCUAUCAGAAGCAGUAAUGGAAAUGCCACAUAGACCUGCCACCUAUUUUUUUCAUACAGUAUCUGUCAUCCCCUCACCAUCUAUUGAAUUAGUAAUUUCUUUUUCUUUGGCUUUCUUGAAUUUACCUAAUAAUGUUGAAAAGACCCCUUUUGUACUACUGAUGAGAUUUCAAUUUUUAUUUCAAUUUGUUUUUUAAAAUGUUCACUUUUCCCUACAGUAUAUACUUGUUUUUCUCCAACCCCUACUCCAUUUCAACUAUUUUCCGGUUAGUAACUAGUGGUUUCAUUUCUUAUCUAAAGUAAGAACACUGAAACAAUAUACAGGUGAGAGGAAACAGCAGAUAAAACUUUAGACCUUUAGCCUGUUAGAUCAAGAAUCAGUUUUGGUUGUGGUGAUACACAUGCACAAUCCCUGUACUCAGGAGGCUGAGGUACAGGCAUGCCUGUGAGGUCAAGGCAAGCAUGGGCUACACAGUGAAUUCCAAGCUAACCAAGCCCUGUUUCAAACAAACAAAAAAGAAAUCAAAUGUGUAGCUAACAUCAGGACUUAGCUUUCUUGUGCUUUCAGUGAAAUCAAGUCUGCUAAUGAAUUCACCAAACCAGUGCAUCCAACAUUAAGGUGGUUAUCUGUAUUUUAGGACUUCUUUAAGUGGACAGAAAGAACAUUUUAAAAAGACUUAGUUUUAUCUUCUAAGAAAAACUUAGAAAAUGAUUGUAUUACAUAACUUAUUCUUUAUAAUACUCUACAAUAGAUGAUUCUCUUGCUUUAAUAUCUAGCAAAUGAGAUAAUGAACAAUUUUGUUGUAUGGUUUGAAUAGUUAGGGAUGCGUCUGCGUGUGUGCACUGUGUGUGUGUGUUGAAAUUUUAUAAGGUAUCCCUGUUUCUUUUGUUUACCUAUAUACCAUGCAACCAAAUGCACAUUAGAUUUCAAGAAAUAGUGAUCAAAACUGGAAGCCCAGACAGCAGCUCUGUGGCCUGCUUCCAAUGACCAAGCAUAAAAUUCUGUCUAGUCUUUGUGCUGAGGGCCACAAUGAGCAUUCUUUCUUUCUUAUGGUGACUUAUAUGUAAUACAUGCAAGGCACUUUAUGUUACCUAUUUCCUUAACUUUCAAAUUCUGCAAACAUGAGGAUCCCCAUAUGGACUAUACCUCAACAAGUGAUCCUGAUCUCACAUUGUAAGAAAAGUAGAUGUUUAUAGAAUUUAAGUGACUAGCCAGCUGUCCUGUGUAUUAUUCUCAAUUUCCUCUUAAAACAAAUAAAAACUUACAUCUUGAGCUUACCUCCAAUAAAACAUGCUACCUGCUAUAAAACUGUCUCCAUCAAUGUAUUUCCCUCAUUUUGCCCUUAUCUCUGGUUUAUCAUUAACUGUAUUUGAAAAGUUUAAGAAAAAUGAAUCAUUGAGAAGAAAAUUAAUUACUUUUUAUUGGCAACUGAUUAACAUAAGAUUAUUUUCACUAAACUACAACUUUGAAUAACUAUAUUGCAUAUGGAAAAAGAUAUUAAAAACUGGUUUUUGAGAAUAUAAAUGCAUCAAAAGACUAAUGUCAUGAAAUCACAAGAAUAAAAAGCUGGAGAUGAUCCCAGAAUCCAAGAUGUCCCAAUGGCCUUCUAUAUUAAUUUUGCUGUUCUUGAAAUUUUGCAUAAUGCAUGGAUUCUUAGUUCAAAUUAGGGGAAAGAUUUUUAUUAGCCGCAUUCUUUUCUUUCCAACUCCUGCUUAUGCCUUACUGAGGAGAUAGUACAAACUUUAUGCUGUCUGUUUUUAUGAGACAUGGUUUUCCCCAGCAUCUACAAUGAAAACAGGUUAGAAUAAAGGAGUUGAUUAGUCUGGAAGUGCUAAUUGACUAUAAAAGCAACAUUAGCCAUCAAUCUCUUCCUCUAUAAACAUUGGCCAGUUAGUUGUUUCCAUAAUGCCAUGUAUUAUGUAUAGUACACUCUAUUAAUGUAAAUGUGAUGCUUGUUAAGAAAGUGCAAUUCAUUGUACAUUGUCUCAAUAAAUGUUUACUUUUAUAAUCGUUAUGAACUUGAAUUGGAUUGGUAUCUUGUGUAGAUGUGUGAAUGAAACCUUGUGAAAAAACAAAUGUGACCAAGAAGGUAACAAGGUGGCUGUUUUUGUGAGCCAGUGAUGUUUUCAAUGCUUCGUGUUGCCCCUUUGGUCCCAUUAAACAG